CCCAAGUCUGUCAUCGUUAGGCGAUACCAAGAAACCGGUAACCACAGCAGCAAAUAGGCAUUGUGGGACUCUUCAGCACAAUGUAACUCUUUCCGUAAUUCCAAAGAGCUGGGAUGCGCCGCUGCCUCAGUUGACGCUACGCCAGCGUCGCAUUCGCCCCAAGUCGCCGCGCAAAGGCGCCAAAGCAACGCUAAUCGACUAGAUAUUGACAAAGUCGCAGCAACUGAGAAAAAAGAAGACCCUCUUGCCAGCUAGCUUGAUGCUACCAUAUCGUUGGAAAACAUGGGCCCAGUAUCUGUUAAAGGGGGCAUCGUGGCCGUUCCGGCGCGCGAUGCGCUACGAUGAACCCGUCUAGUCGAUCUACGCUAUACUAUACUACAGCAAAACAGUACCCGGAAAUGAUCUCGAGUCAUGCAAGAUAAUAUAGAACAACAUAAUAAUCACUCGCCUCAGCAUCUGGAGCUCCCGCCCAUCGAAGACGCGAAGUCUCGUUUGGGCAGUACGGCCAGUUCCAGCUCUGCUGGUGCUGAUACGAUCCAGGUCGAAAAAGAUGAAGCUCAUAUGAGCGCCGUCGCCGAACACGACGAUGAACAACACCAGUUUGAAAACGAAGAUGACGAUGAUCACGAGGAUGAAGAAGACUUUGAUUAUCUUCACCCUGUAUCUCGAAGCAGAGCAAUCGCUCUUGUCGCGACGCUUACCGGCGCAUCGUUCCUUAAUACUGUUGCUAUACAGAGCAUAGUAAUAAUGGUCCCGACACUGAGCCGUGAAUUGAAAAUUCCGGAGACAAGCCAGCAGUGGAUGGUCUCCUCAUAUUCGCUAACUUUUGGCUGCUUCCUCCUCUUCUGGGGCCGAAUUGCCGAUAUUUAUGGAAAGCGCCUCAUUUUCAUUCUUGGAUCUCUGUGGGUCAGCAUAGUAUGCGCCGCGACAAUAUUCGCCCCUCACGAAGUAGUCUUUGAUAUUCUUCGAGCCUUGCAUGGUUUAGGUGCCGCUGCGAAUGUACCAACCGCCAUAGGUAUCCUGGGAAGCACGUUUCCGCCGGGUAUAUCGAAGAAUUACGCAUUCAGCGCAUACGCUGCCGGCGCACCGUUGGGCGGCAUCUUUGGCAACAUUUUAUCCGGAGUCAUCAUCCAAUAUGCCAGUUGGAAAUGGGUUUUUGGCAUAUUCUCAAUCAUUGCUGGCAUAAUAACAGUAGCAGGAAUAUUUGUGAUCCCCAAAUCCUCGCCGUUGCUAUCAUCCCGACAGUUGGUACACAACUUGCGCCAACCUCCUUCAGUAGACUGGAUUGGCGCCAUUCUCGUCGCUUCUGGCUUGAUCGUCCUCACUUAUGCCUUGACCGAAGGUAACAUCGUCGGAUGGAGUACACCGUGGGUAUCGGGGGCGAUUGCUGGGUCAUGUAUGGUUUUAGCCAUCUUCAUAUUCUGGCAGCUACAUCUCGAGCGUAGAGCUGGCGAGAACGGCUCCCGCCCACCGCUUGUGAAGCUUUCCAUCUUUCGAAACGUCCGCUUCAGUGCCGUCAUGGUCAUAGCCGCAUUCUUUUUCACAUCAUUUAGCAAUUACUUGCUAUACGCGACGUAUUACUUCCAGUACUAUCAAGACCUAUCGCCAAUCAGCACAGUCCUUCGCUUCUUGCCAACAGGUAUCCUGGGAGUCAUUAUGAUUAUCAUUGUGGCUAAGCUCCUGGGUCGCUUGCCAACGGUAUUCAUCCUUGGAUUCGGCACCUUGUGCGGCUCGAUAGCGUGUCUUUUAUUUGCGGUACCAAUUCCCCCAGAGACCACGUAUUUCGCCUGGGCAUUCUUCGCCAUGAUACUGGCUGUCAUUGGGGUCGACACAGCAUGGCCAUGUCUUACCCUUUAUACAUCGCAAUCACUACCCCCUGAGGACCAGGCUGUCGGUGGUGCACUCAUUAACUCGAUAGGCCAAUUCGGUCGAGCUAUCGGUUUAGCCGUGGUAACCUCUAUUCAGUCAGCCGUCAUGGCAGGCGAACGAGAGUUACCUCUCGAGCAGGCCUUUCAUAUGAAGCCUCAUGACGAUGCGACCCUAUCAGGAAUCCGAGGAGCCAGCUGGGCAAAUUUUGGGUUUGGAAUACUUGGGUUUAUCGUUGUAAUCCUGACAUUCUGCAACAUGGAAAUUAUUGGCAAGUCAGUGACGAUACGAAGGUCUUAUGAUGAGAAUAUUCCUGAAUCGGCGGACCCCUGAUGUGGUGUUGUGUAGCUGGAUAUGAAAGUUUGAUUUAUGGAACGGCCGGC